GUCCAAAGGAUCUUUCUUCCUUGGUCUUGUAUAAUUUUGCUGGGAGCAAGAUAACAGAUUUUAGAGCUAUUCAAUUUGACUUUCAGUCCUGUGAUUUUAUGAUGCUCACACUAUGACUUACAGAUAGUAGAUUUAACAAACAUGGAUUUUAUUCUUAGGUAAUGAAUUUGUAAAAGUUCUCUCUAGUGAUACCAAGCAGAUCACUGACCAGUCUGGAUGUGUGUAGAGGAACUAGAUGAAUUCUGUUGAUCUGUGACCUGAUAGUUUCUGGCAUUGCUAUAGAAGGAUGUAAUGCUUCCUGCCAUGCCUCUUUGCAGGGAAUGGGUUUUAACUGAAAUACAAGAAGACAAUCUGGGAUUGAACUCAUCUUGCCAAAAAUGAGAAACUUUGCCCAGACUUCAGUUUGGAUGCCAUGGAACUGGACAGAGAUUUGGGGAGUUUGGAGGGAGCUGGGAAAUUGUGAAACUUUUAUAUCCUACUCACAGGUCCCAUUAUGACAACCCAUGGGCUGAAUUCGUCCUUCAAACUUAUCUUGUUUGGUCUGAUAAUUUGAAGUAGUCAUUACCAACCUAAAAUUUGGAGAGUUUAUAUAAAGUUUUGGACUUGUUUCUCUUUUCUUGAAAAAUCAGCAGAUUUAACAACACCAGUUUUCCAUUCCUGCAUGAUGACACUUGGCUGGAGCCAACAAUGAGCUCUUCCCUUUGGAUGGGGGUGUUCAGAUUCCAGGGCUUGGAACUUUUACUUUCACGAGACAAAAAAUUGACGUGGGAAACAACAAGUUUAUUCUGAUUCAGAGACCCAUAUUUAUCAUGGCAGAGAAGUUAGUACGGAUCCAUGAACUCAAACAAAACAAAACAUACAUUCCUGGUGAUAUUCCAGUUAUUCCACUUAAUUUUGUCACGAUAUCCCUGCAGGGUCCAUUUAGCAGGGAUACAGUGGAAAGCUGUGUGAAAGAAACUUUGCUUUUUUUAUCACGAUCCAUUUCCAUCAAACCAAAUGUGGAGUUUACUUUCAAAGGAAUCGGGAUCCUCAUGAUUAAAGGCGGCAAAGUGAAGAUGAGAUUUUAUAAGGAUUUCCUUUGUAAAAUGGAUGGAACUGGGGCUUUGGCUGAAGCCCUCACAAAUAGGCCUGGCACUGUGGACUCCGUGUUGUCCAGCAGAGAGAGUUCAGAGAAGCAAUCCAAGUGUGGGUGUGCAUUUCCAAGGAUUGAGAUCAAGAAGUUGGACAAAAAACCACCUAUGGAGACCAUUGUAGAGGAAGAUGAAAAUGAAAUGAAUGGACAAGAGGAGUGCAAAUUAAAAGACCAUCCAAGCAAAGAAGGUGUCAGAGAGAUCAUAACACACAAGAAACUUCAAGAAAAACAUGCUCUCUCUCCUUUCAAAGUGACAAACAUCAGCUUUCCAGACGUGGUGGAGCAGAAUGUUAGUGGUGGGAAGAGUGUGAACCGCGAAAGCUUAUCAUCUCCACAUUAUUUGAAAGAUUACAAUAAAAUGAAGCAUAAAAUUUCUCCAGCCACUGGUUGCCAGGAUCAUACUAAAGCAGGACAGGAAUUGUGUUAUGUGUGUCUGCAACGAGCGCUGCGCAAUUUGCCAUGGCACCACAGCAGCGAGAGGAAGAGGUGGGAGAGAGAAAAUGAGCAACACAUUCGGCAGUAUCAAAUGAUGAAGGAUCAAGAGGAGCUCCAGAAACACCAGAUGAGAAAUCUGGCUAAUAGAGUACAGAAUCAAAAAAAUGCUGCCUAUAAUCUUGGAGUUGCUGAAGCUAUAAGAAUCCACAAGAAGGAGAAACCUGAAUUUUGUAAAUCUUUCCUAUUUGAUAAACGGCCACUCAGUUCUGAGAUUAAUGCUUUUAAACAAGAAGAAUAUUCCCAAAGUCUCCGGAAACAAAUGGAUAACAGACGGGAAAAGCAAAUAAAACAAAGACAAAACAGAGAGCUGAUGGACCGCCUAGAACAAAAGCAUCUCACAGAGGAACUUGCUGCACAGAGAGACAAAUACAUCAGAGAUAAGAUGGAAGACGCCCAGUGUUAUAAGAGAGCUUUGGAUGCACAGAUAAAGAACAAAUCCAUGUACAUGUCCACGUUUGAGCCAGAGUCUUGUGAACCCAUCUUUGCUAAGGAUGAGAGUGAAAUGAUGGUGCAAAAGCGAAAGCGAGACCAGAAAUACAUGAAGCACCAGAUGGAGACUGCUGCUAGCCAGCAAAGGAGAACCAUCCUGCAGCACCUGGUGGGCCAAAAGCAGGAUUUGCAGAUGCUUCAGAGGACACAAAAAGAACGCCUGGCAGACAGAAAGGCUGAGAUGGAGCGGGUGAAGAGAAUGAACGAGAGCUUGCUGAAGGACUGGGAAAGGAGUGCCGCAAUGAAGAAACAGCGGGACAUGGAGGAGAAGGCUUUCCAGAGGUCUUCAAACAAGCUCUUUAUCCUGGACCAGUGCGAGAGAUAUUUGCGCUGCAAGCAAUGCCAGAGGAGCACCAACAAUAAGGGCAGGAGCAACGUGUGGCCGCUCAACAAGUACCUGCCUGGCUCGCAGUUCUUUUCAUAAAACCCACUGCUUGGAUCUAUGUUUUCCUCUGGAAAAUUUUUAUCUUUUAAAUGUUGGAGACAUGAUGGCGAAACUACUGAUUUUUAAUUUGGAGGCAAAAAGUUAUUGUGUUGUUUUGGUCCUUUCAAGAGUAGACUGCUUUUUAACCCCUUGUUGAAUUCACAUAGGCAGGGGCUCCCUUUCCCACCUUCCUCCCCUGCCCCACAGAACCCUGCUGCCAUGGGGGCUGGGACGGGGACCCAGCCUCAUUCUGGCCGCAGGGUUGCUGCUGACCCAGCAGCAUAGAUAAGACAGGAAAACUUUAUCUUUUUUUCCAUGUAUAAUGAAUAGUGUCCUAAUAAAUAUUUUCUAUGCGA